UCUACAGACGCUGCAAUGGAGGAUGGAGGAAGCCAUUCCACUGUGACUGAAUAUUUUGAGGUUGGGAUCUCCAGAACCAGAGAGCAACAGUCUCCGAAAUCUACAGACGCUGCAAUGGAGGACGUACAGUUGAAUUUAAGUGAAUCUCCGGAAUUUGAGAUGUCAAGCACCACCGAGCAUUCCUCUCUAGGACCUACGAAGUCAGAAGUGAAGAAAUUGGAUUCAAACCAUUCUUUUCCCAUGGACAAAAAAAACCUGCACAAUAUGGGUUUGGUUAACUACACUGAUUCUGAUGAAUCCCAGGAGCUAUCCAUAAAUCUUUACCAAAGUACUAUCCCAAAGCUCAGGAGAACUAAAUGUAUGCAGGUCAACAGCACACUUAGUCGUUAUCAGGUGGGAAAUGAAAUUGACGGUAAUGGAGAGCUUCUUUACUCCACCUCAGAGGACAGUGGAGAUGAAUAUAUUCCAGGCACAAGUGAGGAAUCAGAUGAGAGUGAAGGUUUGCAAUGUGUCGACUCUCUCGUUAAGAAGGAUAUCAUCAAAGAUUUGUUUCACCUUACAAAUACCUCAAAAGCCUCCUCGAUGCCAUCUGUUAUGCACGUUGAUGGACCAUCUCCUCAGCAUAUACCCAAACGUCAGUCCACCAAACGGAAACAAAAGUCACCCAAAAAAGGAAAAGGUCGACAACCGGUUAAAAAGAAGCCAUGGAAGAAAGAGGUCUUGGCUGUUGAGAAGCAUAUGAUGUCAUUCAUCACUACCUGCCGUGUUCCACGGAAGAGCGACUGCGAUGACUGCCUUAAAAAGGAACAAGUAGCACUCAAAAACAGGCAUUGGUCAGCAGUAAAAUUUUACAUUAAAAACAAGAUCACAGAUCUCAAAAGGAGAGUUUAGGGGGAUGUAGGGGUUAUAUAUGGUGACCCUUUUUAUAUUGCUAUAUGUGCUUUGUGACCAUCUCUACAGACCUCCGUGAAGUUGCCCCAUCAGAUGAAAAUUUAUAUAAAAAUGAUGGCAAUAGUUUGUGCGUUUUUUUUUUUUUUUUGUGUCCUGCUAUUGUUGCAAUAUUUCUCUUAUAGGUUUGAGGUCAAUCAACCUCCCAUUUUGAUUUAAAAAAUGGUGUCAAUUGUUUGUGCUGUAAAAAAUUGUCGUUUGUGCUGCGAUCGUUUUAUAGAUAUUGAGAUAUUAAUUUCGAGUGAAGACGUCAUAACUCCCAUGGCUGACGGAGCUUAUCAACUCUCAAUAACAGAGGGCUGUCCAAACAACUAGCACGAACGUAUCAGGAACGAAUGGCACUUCUGGUCCAUUUUGCGGUUAAUGAGGAGCUGAGGGUGACGUCAUCACUCGUAAUUCAAAUCUCAAGCCCCCCCAUUCACUACAAAAUGGACCCGAAUUCGUUUCUGCUCGUUAUUGACACCCUCGUUAUUGAGACUUGAUACGCUCCGUGAGCCAUGGGAGUUAUGACAUCCUCACUGGAAAUUCAUAUCUAAAUAUAUAUAAAAUGAUACCAGCAUAAACAACAUUUUUUACAGCACAAAUGAUUGACAUUUUCAUAUAAAUUUGCGACUGAUGGGGUGGAGGGACUUCACGGAGGUCUGUACAGAUGGUCACAAAGCACAUAUAGCAAUACACGAAGUGUCGUCCUUUUUUUUUUUUAACUUCUGUGUCAUCCUUUUGAAGUUGUGCUGUGGCAAUUGGGGUUCUUGCUUUUGCCAGUUUGCAAUCGCGCUUUAGAAAUUGGGGAUCGUGUUGUGGCAGGUUGCAUUCGUGCUUUUCUUUUGCAAAGUGUUUGGUCUUUUGCAUAUGCCA